AUGUCUGCGCCACCAAUAAAUCAGUCCCCUGUGCCGACAGACAAACAUUCCGUUGUUUUUGACGAACUCUUCAGAGGUGACGAAGAGUCCAACGAUGUUUCAGCUGUAGACGUCGUUGUCGUUUAUGCCAUUUAUGAAGAUAAAGAUCCAAUGUCUCUCUUCAGUCAACCACUUCCAGACCCACUGCCUGAUUCCGGUCCCGAAAAGUCAACUGGGGCAGCAAAGAACAAGCACGAGAUAUUUCAACACGAGUCCGGAAACAAGCCGAAGAAGGAAGAAAGGGGUACUCCAGCUCAAAAAUGGUGCAAUUGGCUUAAGGACAAGGAAAUGCUCCGAUCAGCGUUACCAGCGAUUGGCAUCCUGAGCUGUGGCCUCAAAAUGGCCCGAAAUACUUCUGUUGACUUCCACGCAGUAUCUCGUAGGAUUGGGGAUGAGGUCGUAAGGUGGCGAGCACAAAGAAAAAGGCCUAUCAUAUGGAUAGCUCAUGGGUACGGGACAAGGGUUGUCCGCCAUCUAUCGGAACCAAACAGCUCUGCAAGAGGCCUUGUCUCAGCUACAGCGGCCAUUCUUCUAUUUGCGGCCCCAACUGACGCAUCUAAAGCCUGUUUGUUACGAGAGUGGACAUGUAACAAGCUUAAUAUUCCCCUAGACUCGAAGAACGCACCGUUCGAAAAUGAGGCGACUCCUAGCUCUAUCAAUCUUGUUGAGCUGGUUACAGUGUCCAAGGAGUACGACAUGACCCUUCUAUCAGUCGUUGAUGGAGAACGCUCUGGAGCAUCUAAAGUACAAGAUGAGGUCGAUCAAAAGAACGUCUCGACUAAGCCAGGCGAUACGAAACAAAAGGAGAAAGCAAAUCUGUCUCGUGACCGAGAACAUACUUCAGGAACCCAGAGUAUCCAAACACAAGCCCAAGUCGACAGGUUUAUCGACCACAUCCCGGUAAAGAAAGGGGACUUUGGUGACACAGCCAAAUUCCGAGGCCGUGAGGAUCGCACAUUCGUGCACAUCUGUAAUAAAUUACAAAAUGCAGCCAAGACUUACCAGAUCCUAUCGGCCGCUAGGCGUGGCACCCAGGGAGAUAUGGAACGACUCAUCAAGAAAGGUAUCAAUGUGCAGCUUUCUAACAACAGAGGCGAGUCUGCAUUGCACAUUGCCUGUGAAUCUAAAGAUCCAAGCAUCGUGCAGUAUCUCGUUGGAAUUAGGCAGAUCGACCUGAGGCAGCCUGAUCGUAACGGCAUGACAGCCCUUCACAUCGCCGCUCAGCGAUUAGAUAAAUCAGGUCCGGAAGUUGUGAGGAUGCUCUUGGAGGCAGGAGCAAACUGGACGGUUCGAGAUGACAAUCACCAUACACCUCUUGAUCUUGCUCGUGGUAUGGCAGCUCACGACACGGAGAGUCAACCAGUCGAUGAGAAUAAGGAGAAGAUUAUUGAUCUCCUGAACAAUCCUCCAUCAGUGCGGCGUGUGUUUGCAAAUAGAGGUAUGGUAGUAGCAGAGAGACGAGACGAGCUAAAGAAAGCCUGUGCAAAUGUACAAAUGACGGUCCGGGAGUUAAACUUCGCUCCCGGCCGAGACAUGGUUCAUCUCCCCAAGUAUGCCACCGUCGAAGAAGUCAUAUACGGACAGCGCGACAUCAACGAACUCAUGAAAGAGUGGUUUCAAAAACAUCAGCCCGACGAGGAGGCCAAAAAUCAGAUGGCUUGGGUCCAUGAUCUGUUUGUCCAACUCAAGAUAAAAGAGUGGCCCUGGCCACAGGGUUUCAAAGAUUAUGGGCGGCCGCAAAGUUUUUCUAUGGCCUAUGCUUACAAAUCGGCCUAUUUCCACCAGAGAUGUGCAUACCCUCAUUAUUACAAAUUUCCGAACCUUGGAGAAAAGAACAACGCCUAUGCGUUUAUGAUGCCAUAUGUUGCAUUUGGCAACAGUCAGAAUCAAGGUAAGGCUGAGAAAGUCAUGGAUAAUCUAAUGGCUCGUAGUAGCCCAGGUCACCGACUUUCCUUCGCUCGGCUGCCUCCAUACAUGUUGGAAUUGAGAGUAUUUAAAUUCUUUAAGGACAUUUUCGAUACUGAUAUUGAUGAACUUCCGGCUAAACAUUUCGAAAGCUUCCGCAAUCGCUUGGCGGAUGCGGGUCUUUGGCCAAGGAUGUCAUUGCAGGAUAUUUAUGAAGAUGAAGAAGGCCUGAUCUCUACGGCCAACAUGGGGUUUUGGAAUUAUCUGUUCUAUACACAUCCGGUAUCUCGUGAAGAUCUACCAUUACAUCCGCGACGUACAUUAGACCAGUCAUACUACUACAUGCUUCCGGACACCUCCUAUCGAGAUAAAAGCCAGGUUUAUUCGCGGUGGUCUAUAGAGCAGCGGGUAUCGGAUCAACAGCAUCGCCAAAGGGGUUCUCACUUGCAGGAUAUCCUUUUCGGCGUUGUGGACUCUGGAGAUGACUUAUCCGAUUUUGAGGACCGGUGUUCCCUUAGUGAGAACUCUUCACGACGAUCGGGCGUCGAUAUACUCAUGGUUGAUCAAUUAUGGCUCUGGCUGAUCCCUGGCAAGAAAGAGGGAGACAAGUCGAGUCCAGAUACACUGAUCACUAGCUUCCCCAGUUCGGAUGAACCACGAUCACCGUUAGAGCCAUUAGACGAGCGAAUCAUAAAGGACCCUAACCGAAGUGAAUGCGUUUCAACGCGGGAAUUGGUUAAAUCAAUUCUUAAUGGAUGUAGCCAAAAACUUCGUGUGAGUCAGGAGGAGUCACUAAAUGCAAUGGAAGCAUUUGAAAAUGCGAUAGGAAAUGCAGAAGAGAAGGAGGCACAGCUCUUUCAGGUCUUCAACAUUUUAUCUGGGCUGCUUUCUGACCUAGACGACAAAGAUCGACUCUAUCCUCAACUUCAAAAACGCUAUCUCAGGUAUCUAGACAUUCUCAAAGAAGUACAACUUCUGACUGAAGUCAAAGAUAUCCUCGAUGAGAUUAAAAUGAUCGAAAAAGUUGUGGAGAGUCAAAGACAGGUUCUGUGCGAAUAUGAAAAAGAUGACGAACCCCGUGAUGGAUUGGGCGUACGUCCACAAUUGAUACCACCACUACUCAGAGUUCAAGAGGGCUUUAAGAAUAUGAAGGAUCGAGCACAGGCGGUUGAGAAAUCGAUCGAGCGAUUACUUGACCUCAAACAGAAGCAGGCAAAUACCUGGGAAGCACGAAUUGCGCGAGAAGGAGCAGCUGAGACAGCCAAGCAAGGUAGCAAUCUCUUUUGGUUUACAAUAGUUACCAUUAUCUUUCUACCACUAUCAUUCAUGGCCAGCUUCUUGGCUCUUGACGUCGAUCAGUUUCCACAGGAUCCUGAGUCUCGGGAGACUAGUUGGCCCCUGGCGCGCGUUUGUGCAUUGAUAUGUAAGCAAAAUCCAGUAAGCCCUUUCUGUUAA